GCCACAUCUUUGGGCAUUUGCGGUCUCAGAUCAUUUUCAUCAAUAUCCUCUGUAUCCGAGCACACACCAGCUUCCGGUGGAAGACAAACGAUGUCAAUCUCUCGGUGUGGUCUGUUUGUCAAUUCCUCAAAAAUAUCCUUUGCCUCUUUAAGCGUUUUUGCCCGUGUUUGAGGCAUUUUUAAAAAGUACGCAACGAAUAAAGAAAUUAUUAUUUUGCAAAAUUUUCACGCGGGAAGAAGCAAAUAAAAAAGUGGGAAAUCGUAGUAGUGGAUGGUACACUAAGCAGUCACAGCUGUGCAUGCGUUACCGGCUUUGUUGCUGCACGCUGGUUUUUUUCAAGCGCCAAAUUAUUAGUUGUCAAACCACCACUGCAGUUGCUCAACAAAGACAUUGCAAAGAGCUCUUCUGCUUCACGGCGGAGGUGAUUUUUUAAUUUUCGAGUGUUUUUAAUAGAUUUACUUUGUUCGCACGCGUUUUUACUUUGUUCGCACGUUAAAUUUAACAAUUAUGGAGAUUAUGGAAUUAUUAUUUAUGGAACGUGAUUUAGUUAUACCGCAAUGGUUGAAAGCCAUUGUACAGAAGCAGAUUGAUUGUGGGAAUACUGGCAAGAAAGCGCGGAGCGAGAUUUAUCGUGCUGUGUACUGGAAACUGAAGGUGCGUGUUUCCCUCAAGCUGGAUACAAAUUUGAGAGAGAUUUAUUUAUGAGUACUUUUGAGGUUCUGUGAUUGUGAUGAUUGUAUCUGGUGUUUUUUACAACGGUUUUGCAGCAACCUUUAGUAGUUUUUUUCGUGAUAACAAAAUGGCAAAAAGCUGGAAGACAUCAAAACUGCUGUUUAUCCCGCUUGUCUGGUGGAUGCAUUGUGUGAAAUGUUCCCAGAUGAGAACAAGCACCAAGAUUGCUAUGGAGGUGCGAGAGCUGCGUCCUCAUGCAGUCGAGUGAUGAACCUUGCGUGCUGCAUUCACCACUAAUGAAGGACACGCCAACGGUGGCCAAAGCGUACGGCACUCUACCGGCGCAGCUGUACAUCGCGCAGAAAGACGGGAUGCUUGAUCAAGGUGUCUUUGCCAGAACGGCCAUCCCGCAUCCGACCGUAUUCGGCCCGCUGGUCGCUCCCCUGACACGGCAGGCUAGCGUCACCUUCACCGUUGAUCAGCGUUUUGGCCUGCGUGACCAGAACAGCCGCAUCCACGGUGUGCAAGUGUUUGAUCUGGACUGCGAUGAUCGGUGUAACUGGGUGAAAUUUGUGCGGGAAGCGGUGCGUGCCGAUCGGCAGAAUCUCGUGGCCUUCUGCCACAAUGAUGCGGUUUAUCUGGCCACUACAAAAGAUAUCCCGGCGGAUACGGAGCUCUCCUUCUGGUACUCCGAACGCUAUGGCCAACUUCUCAAUAAAGAAAAUCUGGCCUUGGAAAAUCUGCCGUCACAAGGUUAUUUACCGGAGAAUGACGAGAACGAAAUCGAAGCAGCGAACGGCGAUCAGAACGAAUAUUUGCCAACAUCGGAGCAUUUGUGUGACGUUGCGGAGAGUGUACAACAUAGUUUGGCGGAUUUCGUGGCAACUGGAGAUUGUCCAAACAACGGUGAUGCCGACGACAGAAAGGUCAAGAAAAAUCUGGGCAGCAACAACACACUAACAGCCGAACGUCGUCGCUUGCGUUCGGAUGGCGGGCGUCCACCCGCGACGCCGGUUGCCGCCAAAAAACCGAAACGCGGCUACUUUUAUGGCGACCGAAGGAAGAACGCUGGCUAAUCGACUGGUUCG